CUCGAAGAUGUAUGACGUCAAUACAUAUACAUAUAUCUAGUCAUCGAUUUUUCUUGUGGUUUUCGCUGGUAAUUUUCUAGCUGCGACCUGCGAGCUCCGAUUUCUUCAGCUUUAGUAAUUGAUCAGCACCCGUGCUGUCAUUGUCAUUGUCAUUAUUCUAGCAUCUCGGAUUUUAAAAAAAUAGUGACGAUAAUAAUGACCUUGGAAUAAAUUAAUUAACCAGUUUUAUUAAAUAAAAUAAAAUACACGAGAGUAUUUAUUUAUAAGCCUUGAAAAUAUAUUAAAAUGUUUACAUCAUUGUCGGUGCUCAGUCAUUCAAAUUUACAUUGCAGUGUUUUGAAACUUGGCAACAAGUUGAAAAGCAAAACACCUGGUCUUGUUUUACAAUUCGACAGCAGCUUCAACAGGCUGCAUGUUAAAAAUUUAUCAUCUAAACUAUUAUCAGUUGGCUGUGAAUCAUCAUCAUUGCCAUUGACGUUAUCGGCCUUCAAUCAUCAGACGAGAUCAUAUGGAGCAACGACAAUAGUGUCGGGUACGAUUCCUGGUGCUCUUUCAAAACAACAGGCCAAAGAUCUGGCUGUAAGACUCACUUCUGAGGAGAGAGAAGUUUUGAUCACUGCACUGAAAGAGUCUCAGUCUAAUAAAGUUAGAGCUGAGUAUGAAGGUCAGUUGGCUGCAUUUCGAUGGAGAAGUAAAUUCGGGCGACCAGCUGGAGUACCGAGUCUGGGUGAAGUGGAUCCGACAGGAAGUUACUGUGCUGUACCUGAUGAUUGGCUAUUGAGAAAGUAUGCGGAAACAGUUCCACAGCCAUCGCGCAGGGAUUUACUGCGAGUAUCAGUCGCAAAUGCGAUUCCGUUUAUCGGAUUUGGAUUUCUCGAUAAUUUUUUCAUGAUAAUAGCGGGCGAGCACAUUGAAGCAACUCUGGGCUCAUUUAUUCCAAUAUCAACAAUGUCAUCAGCAGCACUCGGGAACACGAUCUCUGAUAUUCUAGGAAUAGGAUCUGCUACGUAUGUUGAAUUACUAGCUCAGAAGAUAGGAUUCAAACCUCCUAGACUUACGCCUGUGCAAUUGGAUCUUCCGUGCUCUAGAAGAUCUGCGAAUCUGGGUCGAGUGAUUGGCGUAACGAUCGGCUGCUUACUUGGAAUGACUCCUCUCCUUUUUCUUCACACGGACAGCAAAGAAGAUAAAGAGAAGGAAAAGAAAGAAAAAAUUAGUGAUUGAAUUUUACUAGACAUACUUUAAAACUAUUUAUAGAUGCCAUACUACGACCAAUAUUAUUAUUUUAUUUUUUUUUCUAUUGACAUAUAAUUUAUACUUCAGUGGCCCAACGACUGGGUCACAUCUGCAUAAAUAUUUAAAGAAAAUAAAUGUAAAUAGUGUUUUGUUUAAAAUCAAAUAAUUUUAAGCCUUGCCAGUACUCUGUCGACGCAAUUACGCUUCCGACUACUUUAUCUAGCUCAUUUAUUUAUUGUAAAAGUCUUUUUUUUUCUACUUUUAAUGUGAUAGCCUAAAUUAGUGCGAUAGUAGGUCCGACGUAAACUUAUACGAUUAAAUUAUAUCUGAAAAUCAUUAAUAACAACAACAACAACAACAACAACAACAACAACAACAACAACAACAACAACAACAACAACAACAAUAAUAAUAAUAAUAAUAAUAAUAAUAAUAAUAAUAAUAAUAAUAAUAAUAAAAAUGCUAAUGUUAAAAUAA